CUCUUCCGGUUCGCUUCUCCCUCGUGAAGCAAUUAUGUCAGAAGAACUAAUCGACCAAUCACCACCGCCAUCGCUGCCGGACCCGGAGCCGAAUCCGAAUUCGGUAAUCCACCCUAGGCGGGAGCCGUUCGAGCACGGUCUCCUCCCGAUCCAGAAGCUCAUUUUCUCCGACCCGAUCCAAGCCCUAGGUCCGGUGAAGGAAAAGCUCGUGGCAGCUGCGUCGAACAACCGCGUCGGAUCGGCUGCGCUCUCCGACGCCCUCCAGAUAUCCGGCGACCAUGCCCGCCUCGUCCUCGAGACCCUCGCGUCGGUUCUCCACUCCGAUUCCGACCCUCUUGUUCUGGCCAAAGCUGAAGAAGUUGAUUCGGUCGGAGCUGAUUUGCGGGAUCUAAUUUUGUUCCUGUACAUUCAAUCGUAUAAGAAGUUGCUGCCUAGGCCGCACAAGGAUUCCGCCGCGGUUGCCGAUGUAUGGCCAUCCACUUCCGCUUUCGAUGGAUACUUGUCGGCGUUAUCGCCAAUUCAGCUUGUUCGUAGCAACAGCCGCCGCUUUAUGCCAUCACAAACUGAUGAAGAAGCACAUCAUUUAACAUAUCUGCAGAAGCAUUUGGCAAACAUUCUUUCUCUUCUUGCAGAACCAGUGGAAGCAGAAGGAGAUGAACCUUUGGUAUUGUCUAUGGAGGGUUUUGAGCACCUUGGUUUUCUGGUUCAGUUUGGGGAUAAGGGAUCUGAUGGAGCUCCCUUGGGCCAAGCUACUCCAUUUUUUGCAAAUUCAGAUCCUGAUAUGCCUGCUGUUCCUGCCUCUGCUUCCGAAGUGCAUGAUUGGCUGCUGCAAAAUAUAGCUUCCAGUUUAGAAAGCAUUACAGAAAGAAUUUCUGGGAAAGAGAAUGGGCUAUCGAAUGCCUCCAAUCAAGAUGAUGCAAUGUCUGAUGCUUGUGCAUCUGCAAAUAAAGCUUCACCUAGUGCUAGAGGCCCAUGUUUUAUAGAGGGAGUUUCUAAGACUUCAUUUGUUAAACAUGCCUCAGAUCUUAAAGGUACAUCUGUGAAGGUUGUCAAUUGUCAUGAUUCUGUGCUUUAUCUUUUAGCGCCGUUGAGGUAUGCAACUGUCUAUGGAUGUUCUGAUGCUACUAUAGUUCUGGGAUCUGUUGGCAAGGCAGUAAGAGUUGAGCACUGUGAGAGAGUGCAUAUAAUUGCAGCUUCCAAACGAAUUUGCAUAGCCAAUUGCCGUGAAUGUAUAUUCUUUUUGGGAGUCAAUCAGCGACCUCUUAUCGUUGGUGAUAACCACAAACUGCAGGUCGCCCCAUAUAAUACAUUUUAUUCUCACUUAGAAGAGCACAUGGCUGAAGUGGGGAUUGAGCCAACUAUCAACAAAUGGAACGAACCAUUGGCAUUAGGAGCAGUUGAUCCACAUGACUCGUUGUCACACCCUGCUGGUGUCUCUGAUGCACAGGCUGAGUCAGCUGCCUGUGUGGACCCUGACCAGUUCACUAACUUUUUGAUCCCAAAUUGGUUCGGGGGUCAGUCCGUUGGUUCAACGAAAGACAACCCAUUUCCACUACCAGAUGCUUAUAUGGCAACACAACAGAGAAAUCUGAAGAACUUGGAAGAAACGAGGCAAUCAUUAAGAGGCGCACCUCUCGAAGAAAACAGGAAACGGGAACUAUCAAGCGCACUCCAUCUAUAUUUCAAAGACUGGCUCUAUGCGACGGGAAAUAUCCGUCAGCUCUACUGCUUACAAGGUGACUGAUGAUACAACAGUGAUGGAUAUUGCCUCGUCCCGCCCAUGUAGAGCCAUCUCAAGAGUCCAUUUCCCUCUCUGCCGAUGAUCGUAAUGCUAAAAGAAUUUAGCCUGUCAUCGUCGUUGUCGGGGUCGGUAUGCAUCGUACAUGGCAUCCAUACUUAACACUGCACAUCACCCCCCCUCCUCUCAAGAGCUUUUUAGAUUUGUCUAUUUUUGUUGAUUUUAGCUUUCCACAUUUCAACCCCACUUUGCUGUCUCUCUCUCUCUUGAAAACCUAAUGCAAUGUCACCGAGAGUAUUGAUCCC